AUGCGAUCCAUAGAUGACGUUCUCGCCCUGGCUCAAUGCCCUAUUUCUGAUGAAGAUAUGGUUGUGUACAUUUUAACACAACUAGAGGACGAGUAUAGCUCCAUCGUAUCUGUCGUUCGUAUCCGUGACAAACCCAUUUCUUUGGGAGAGUUAGCCGAUGCGCUCACGGAUCAUGAACGUCAGUUGACUGAAGUUGAUGAUGCUCGCCAAUCUCUUUUGGCUACUGCUAAUGCCUCCCAGCGUGGUCCUUUGGCUUCUCGAAAUAUUCAGCACUCCACUACCGAUCGGAGGUCCCGCAACAACACCAACAACACGUAUGGCAAUAAUAGACCGAAUUGGUCACAUAACAGCAACACUCGACCUGGUGUUGUGUGUCAAUUCUGUCACCUUGAUGGCCUUGAAACACGUGUUUGCCGUAAGUUAGCCCGAUUUUUAAAGGCCCAUAACGUAUUUCCCGUGCAGGCUCCUACAUUUCCUCAAUCUCAGUCACCCGCAGCUAAUUCUACCGUGGGAUGGAAUAUGCCGUGGAUGUUUGAGAGCGGGGCAUCUCACCAUGAUACACCUGAUAUGACUCCUCUGCACACUUUCACUGAGUAUAAUGGUCCGGAUGGGAUACGAUUAGGCAACGGUAAUUCUUUAAACAUCUCUCACAUUGGUCAGUCAUCUAUUCUCCCUCCCUCUUCCGUGCUCACUCUCAAAAAUGUCUUAUGUGUUCCACAUUAUUUUGUGCAAGUCGUCUACUUUGUGUACACAUUGCCAACAAAGACGGAACGAGAAUCCUCUUCUUCCCUAUUCGAUUGGCUUGCAGCAGCAGAAGCUAGUUGUUAUACAGUGGACCAUGGUCGUCAAAUGAAACUGCAGUAG